CAAUGUUUACCAUUUGGAAUUCACGGAUUGCUGUGACACUUGUACGUUCCACACGAUUAUCGAUUGUUAGUAGCAACAACGGUUUUGCCGCCGCCGAAAGUAGAAGGUCAAUUGUCACAAAUUUACGUCAACAAAGAAAUAUGAGCCAACAAGCAGCAGGAUCCCAUGAAUAUGAUUACGAUUUGGUCGUAAUUGGUGGUGGUUCCGGUGGUUUGGCUUGCGCCAAGGAAGCUGUUGCUAAUGGCGCCAAGGUUGCCUGUUUGGAUUAUGUUAAGCCCACACCAUUGGGUACCAAAUGGGGUAUCGGUGGUACUUGUGUGAAUGUUGGUUGCAUUCCCAAGAAAUUGAUGCAUCAGGCCUCCUUGUUGGGUGAAUCGAUUCAUGAAGCCACUGCCUAUGGCUGGGAAAUUCCCAACAAAGAAGCUAUCAAACCAAAAUGGGAAAAUUUGGUACAGGCUGUACAAAAUCACAUUAAAUCGGUGAAUUGGGUUACCCGUGUGGAUUUGCGUGACAAGAAAGUUGAAUAUAUCAAUGGUGCCGGUUCAUUCAAGGAUCCCCAUACCGUUGUUGCCAAAUUGAAGAACAAUUCGGAACGCACUUUGACCGCUCGCAAUGUUGUCAUUGCUGUUGGUGGCCGUCCACGUUAUCCCGAUAUUCCCGGUGCCGUAGAAUAUGGCAUCACCAGUGAUGAUCUCUUCAGUUUGGAUAAAGAACCCGGCAAGACUUUGGUUGUUGGCGCUGGAUACAUUGGUCUCGAAUGUGCCGGUUUCCUUAAGGGUUUGGGCUAUGAUGCCACCGUCAUGGUACGUUCCAUUGUUUUGCGUGGUUUCGAUCAACAAAUGGCCAAUAUGGUUGCUGAUUCCAUGGUUGAACGUGGCAUUCCCUUCUUGCACAAAACCAUUCCCAAGUCUGUGGAAAAGACCGAAGAUGGUCGCCUCUUGGUGAAAUACGUUAACACUGAAACCCAAGAGGAGGGCAGUGAUGUCUACGAUACCGUUUUGUGGGCCAUCGGCCGUAAAGGUUUGGUUGAUGAUUUGAAUUUGGGUGCCGCCGGCAUCGAAGUUAAGGGUGACAAGAUCGCUGUCAACGAAGCUGAACAAACCAAUGUACCACACAUUUAUGCCGUUGGUGAUAUUAUUCAUGGUCGCCCCGAAUUGACCCCCGUUGCCAUACAUGCUGGUCGUUUAUUGGCACGUCGUCUCUUUGCUGGCUCCAAGCAAAUCAUGGACUAUUCGGAUGUGGCAACCACAGUAUUCUCUCCCUUGGAAUAUGGUUGUGUCGGCAUGGCUGAAGAAGAUGCCAUCAAGAAAUACGGUGAAGAUAAUGUUGAGGUGUUCCAUGGCUUCUACAAGCCCACUGAAUUCUUUAUCCCACAAAAGUCGGUACGUUAUUGUUAUGUUAAGGCUGUGGCCGAACGUAGUGGCGAUCAAAAGGUGUUGGGUCUUCACUAUUUGGGUCCUUCUGCUGGUGAAGUUAUUCAAGGUUUUGCUGCUGCUGUCAAAUCUGGCCUUACCAUGAAAAUCCUCUUGAACACUGUUGGUAUUCAUCCCACCACCGCUGAAGAAUUUACUCGCUUGGCCAUUACAAAACGCUCUGGCUUGGAUCCCACUCCCGCCUCCUGCUGCAGUUAAACAACACAA